AUGGAGUUUAACAAGCACUUCGGCAAGUUUAGAUCUCUUUGGGCCGAGUUUGAGAUGCUUAGGCCAAACACGAUGGAUCCGGCUGUACUCAAUGAACGGAGGGAACAAGACAAAGUGUUCGCUCUUCUCCUAACUGUCAAUCCAACGUUCAACGACCUCAUCAAGCAUAUCUUGAGGUCGGACAAGCUUCCCAGCCUUGACGACGUUUGUUCUCAAAUUCAAAAAGAACAAGGUUCUCUAGGCCUCUUUAGUGGAAAAGGGGAGCUUGUCACGGCAAACAAAGGAGUUUUCAAGCCAGAAGACCAGAGAGCUAAGGGAGGGUGUGAACAUUGUAAGAGGAAGAACCACACCAAAGAGAAAUGCUGGUUUCUUCACCCUCACCUCCGUCCGAAUCACAACAACAAUGGUCCGAGAGCAAAUCACACUCACGCCAAGGAGGAACAAGGUGAAGCCGGAUCAUCAAAAGGUGGAGAAGAGACUACUUCAGGAGACUAUGUGAAGAAGUCAGACCUAGAAGCCUUCUUCAAAUCCUUGGCUCUCAAGGAGUCAAGUGGUAAAACUUUCUUCACCCUAAAGCCUAAUAACUCUCUAGUAGUAGAUUCGGGUCCUUCUCACCACAUGAUUAGUAACUCGAAUCUCCUAAACAAUAUUGAACCGGCUAGAGGUAGUGUUAUAAUUGCAAAUGGUGAUAAAAUAUCAAUUCAAGGUGUUGGGAACUUAAAAUUGUUUAAUAAAGAAUCUAAGGCUUUUUACAUGCCUAAGUUCACUUCUAAUCUCUUGUCGGUUAAAAGAGCCACUAAUGACCUUAAUUUCUAUGCUAUAUUUGGGCCUAAUGAUGUUUACUUUCAGGAUAUUGAGUCUGGAAAAUUGAUUGGUGAAGGUGGAACCAAAGACGACCUCUAUGUUCUUGAAGAUAUUUCACCAAGCUCACCUAAAUCUUUUUCUCUUAGCUCUCAUCUUGGAGUUUCAUUUAAUGUUAUGUGGCAUGCUAGACUAGGUCAUCCUCAUUCUAGAGCACUUGAAUUGAUGAUUCCUAAUGUUUCUUUUGAUCAUCUAGUUGCGAAGCUUGUAUCCUUGGCACACAUUGUAAAACCGGAUAACAACAAGUAUGUUGUGACCUUCAUAGAUGAAAAAUCAAAAUAUACUUGGGUUACUUUACUUCCCUCUAAGGAUAGAGUGAUUGAUGCCUUCACAAACUUUCAAAAUUAUGUUACUAACCAAUUUAAUGCUAAGAUUAAAGUGUUUAGAAAAGAUAAUGGAGUACCCGUAGAGCUCCGAAACAAACUUGAAGCCAAGAGCAUCAAGUGUAUCUUCCUUGGCUAUUCGAUAACUCAAAAGGGAUACAAAUGUUUCGAUCCUAUCAACAAGCGCACUUGGGUCUCUCAUGAUGUCAAAUUCCUUGAAGAACAAGGAUAUUUCGAUAAGAAAGAUUGGGAGGACUUAAAAGACCUUGCAACACAAAAUGAUCAGUCGGCAAGCCUCCGGUUCCUUCUAGAUCACCUUGGAGCAUCAUCAACUCCAAAUCAAACUAUGUCCCAGGAUACUACACCUGACUCAACUGGCAAGCCUACUUCGACUUUACCUCAACUGCAGACGACUGAUCCAACUGAUGCGUCACAUGAUACUACGGUUCUUGAGCCGGAAGGGGAGGACAGCAUGAUCGAAGAAGAAGUAGAAUUGGUAGAAUCACCACUUCUCUCAACCGAUCACACCGAUCCGCCUCCACAACCGAGACGUAGUGCAUGA